UCAGCCCUGGUGUGGUGCGGUGUGCAAAGCCCACUGGUUGGCGUGGCGGGGGACACGCCUUCCCCGGAGCGGAACAAAACGGCGCGCGGGCCGGGCGCACCCAGCAGCCACUUCCGAGAGCGCCUGCCGCCCGCGCCGCCGAGCCGCUGCCAGAAUGCCGAACUGGGGAGGAGGCAAGAAGUGCGGGGUGUGCCACAAGACGGUCUACUUCGCCGAGGAGGUGCAGUGUGAAGGCAGCAGCUUCCACAAGUCCUGCUUCCUGUGCAUGGUCUGCAAGAAGAACCUGGACAGCACCACCGUGGCCGUGCACGGUGAGGAGAUCUACUGCAAAUCCUGCUACGGCAAGAAGUAUGGGCCAAAAGGCUACGGCUACGGGCAGGGUGCAGGCACGCUGAGCACCGACAAGGGGGAGUCGCUGGGCAUCAAACACGAGGAGGCCCCUGGCCACAGGCCCACCACCAACCCCAAUGCCUCCAAGUUUGCCCAGAAGAUUGGCGGCUCCGAGCGCUGUCCCCGAUGCACCCAGGCAGUCUACGCUGCGGAGAAGGUGAUCGGUGCUGGGAAGCUGGAAAAUGGGCAGGAAUUGUUCAUCCCAGCACGGUGAUGAAGAGCUUGGACCCUAGACGAACGCUGGUCUGAAUCUUAGUUUUGCCGUUUACUAGUUGUUUGACCUCGGGCAAAUUUAGCCUGAGCCUCAGUUCUGCAUCCAGUGGGCCUGGAUGGUGGAGCAAAUGACGGUCCCUGAGAAACGAGGGAGUCUGAAGAUUGAACGAGACAAUGCCUGUGUGGUGCACAGUGUAGCGCCCGGUACGUGCCAGUACGGGCCAGCUAUUGUUAUUGUUAUUGUUGUUUGCUUUGCGGGGUUGCUGUGAGGUCAGAAUGAAGAUUGCUGUUGAUUAAAGGAUGAAAACAAGGGACAUUGAUAUUAUUAUUAAGUUGGGUUCUUUUUUCUCUGUCUCGCCAUGAGAACAGAAAAUUAUAAAAAAUACUUAAGAAUCACUACUUCUGUUAUUUAGACAGGGUAUCAGGUAAAGUUAAGGCUGUACUAAGGAGUAGGAUAAGAGAGUUUUGCAUUCAAAUGGAAAAGGUAGGCAAAGCUGUCACCUCCAUUGCCCGUGCCAAGAAAGAAAUAUCGAGAAGCCGGGAGUACUUUUAAGUGCCAUAUGAGUGAGUAAAGGGAUUGGGCUUAUUUAAAAGGGGCGGUGGCCUAGGAAAUGCGGUUGUGGUCUAGCUGGGAUUCAGCCCUUCUCCAGCCUGCAGAGCUUGGGGUGGCAGCCCCUGCUUUGCAGAGGAGGCGACAAAGGCUGGGUGACUGUCGAGGGUGAACCUGGUGCUAAGGGCAGGGUCGAGACCCAGGGCCCCCCAGCUCAACACUCUGGACCCCACCACUGUCUCUUGGGCACAGGAGGAGGGGCCACCGUGUGAGCUCAGGCAGCCAGGAAAUCCGAGGGGAUCCAGUUUCCUUUCUUAUCCUCUAGCCCGGACACCAGGCGGCUGUGCUGAGGGAAUCUCUUUGCCCUUAAAAGGCCUUGUUUUUUCCUGUCUGACUGCUGUCUGCCUCUCGCUUUUCCCGGGUUUAGCAGAGCUGUCUACAUGUCAGCUGUUGCCGAUGGGAGCUGGCUGCCGAGGAGUCUGUCUGUGAAAGGUCCCGUCGUCGUGUACAAACCUGGGCCCCACGUGUCCCUGGGAGGCUUGCCCUGUGUUGCCUUGGGGUGCCUCUUUGAACCUUCUGUGGGGCCUUCUGUGGCCUCCAGAGAAACCACACUCCUCAGGCCUUUUCCUGCCAGGAUAAAUGCAUUUCAUAGACCCUUUCUCCUUCCAGAGUGACACUGGAAAACGUUGACUCAGAGCCUCCCCUGUGCCAGGCCCCAUGCCAGGCACUUUACACUGGUGACAUCGUUUCAUGCUCACGGCUACCUAGUGAGAGAGAUACCCACUGCCAGAGAGGUGAUGGCCUUUGGGCAAAUGAAACACCCAGUUCUAGAAUUUCAGAGGCCCGGUUGGUUCAGGAGAACCCCCACUACACACGCCCGCUCUGAGGCUGGGCCUUAUGCGUUUAAUACCUGGUCCUGACAUCCAUUCUGCAAGGUAGGCGGGCCUCCCACCUGAGAAAGCAUGGAGGCUGGGCGACUAGUAAGUAGCAGUACCAGGAAGAGUCCAGAGCCCUUGCUCACACCACUAACCCACGGGCAGGAGAAGGCUCGUCUGGGCCCGCCUAUGGGAACAGCUACCUUGGCAGUAAUCCCACCCCCUCGGCUGCCUUUUGUGGCAUAGCUGGUGACACUAACCACCGAGCCAUUGCAACACCACAUCAAAGAUGGUGUGAAGUGUGGUCCCUGGCCUGCUCCCUCCACGGCCGGCACCACAGGCCAUGUCCUGUCUGCGGUACCAGCUGAGCAGACUUUGGAAGUGCCUUGGCCCUUCCUUCAUGGUUAUAUCAAGGGGAGUGGCGCUGGCGGGGAGGGAACCCUAGUCACCUGGCAGUCACCUGUUUCCUUCCC